UAAUAUAUGUGUCCGUACGUGCAUAAAUUUCAUACAACAAAUUAAAACGAUACAAAUACGAAUAUAUUAGCAUAUCAAAAGAUAUAUUCAUCAUUUUAAAACGUCUACCAUAAAAUAGAUAAAAUAAAAGUUACGCUCUUAUCGUUGAGAAACGAUCAUGGAUGAGAGUUUGGGUCACGUCUUUCAACAGACAUACACACACACACACACACACACACAACAGCCACAAAAUAUACCAGCUUAACAGGCAACAUCUUUCCUCGUGUAUCAAACAGUAGCAUCAUCAUCGGCGUAGGAAGUGAAGUAAAACCCAUAGAGAGAGAAGAUUAAGUUUGAGAAAGACUUUCGUCGUGGUUAAAGCUCAUAAAUAAAUACACGCAAGAUCGAAUAUCUUUUGAUAUCGUUUGAAGUCAGAAAGUCGACGACACUUCCUGACUAACGUCAAGUAGUGCAAGAUCAAGAUAUCAGACAUUUCCUGUAGUUGAAAGAGAAGAUAAGAAGAUACAAAGAAAUCGAAGAAAAAGAAGAAUAAGGGAUAAGAACAGGGGGAUCAAAGUUUAUUUUAUCCCUUUUCGUAGACGAUGCAGUUCGUUGUAUUAACGAGGAAUCAUGAGAAUCGUAGUUGUCGUCUACUUAGUGGACUAAAAGAACAAGAGCAGGGGGGGGAAGAGGAAGAAGAGGAAGAAGAAGAAGAAGAAGAAGAAGAAGAAGAAGAAGAAGAAGAAGAAAAAAAAAGGAAAGCAAAGUAAAGUUGGUUAGACUCGCGAAGGCUUUUACGUGUACGAGAAACGCGUCUUAGCUGCUCGCAGCGAGAUAUAAGCUCUAAAUUUAGCCAUAAGAAUUUUCGCGGCAUCCACACGUCGUCGUUGCGCUGUUGCUGUAUAUACCUUUUGGUUACUACCACCAUAACUGUUGCUGCUAUUUCGCGUAUUUUGCUUGAUUUUCACAGAACGACAACGACGAGUCGUACCGGGCUCGAAUUUAUGCGAAGCCAAGUGUGCAGUUAAAAAGAAAAACAGAAAAAGAGAGAGAGAGAGAGUGUGCGUACGUGUUCUUGCGUAUGUGUAUGUAUGUAUGCAUAUGUGUAGUAUGCAUUCUUCUCUUUCUUUCAUUUUGAUCUGACUCUCUAUUUGCAACGCGAGUUUUUUUUUUUUCUUCUAUUUAACAGUAAAUACGAUAAAAAUUUGUGCAUGUAAAUGAAGAUACGCAUACAUACGUCUCCUCUGUGUUUUUUCAACGUGUUACGUGUGAGUUUAUUUAUUAAAAAAAAAAAAAAGAGAAAAAAAAGAAGAAGAAAGUAGUCGACGAGGUUAGAGAGUUCUCUUUAUUUUUGGAUGACUCUGUGAAAAGAUGCUGAUCACCAAGUACACUACCAUACUGCUGCAAUCGACCAAUCAGCACAUCAUUAGAAGCGAUGUCUUUUUGGAACCGUAUCUGCAGCAGCACGGGACCGUUCAAGUUGUCAGCUCGCCGAGCACUCCACCACCGAAUCCGCUUCAACAUCAUCAACUUGCGCAGCUACAUCAUGGCCAGAGCGAAGAGUCGCUUUCUUCGGAAGGCUCGGCCACCUCGGGAGGAUCUUCGGCAACUACAGAAGAUUCUGGCAGCGAGGUGGCAUGUGACAUAACGCUGAUCGAAAGGCUCAUACGAUCUCAUCCGAUUUGGUUCCUCCCGGGUAUUCAAAGGGCUGGAGCUUUCCACUUGUUGCAAGGAAAGGAGGAAGGGAACUUCGUAGUCCGACAGUCAAGUCAAAGCGAUACGAUGGCCCUUUCGGUGAGAUUACCUGCCGGGAAGGGACCUUACAUCGAGCAUUACCUGAUCCAAGCAAACAAGGGGAAGCUGAGCUUGGAAACAAGCGAGAACAGGUUCGACAACAUCCCCUCAUUGAUAGCUCAUUAUUCCCAGUGCUGUAGUGAUGAAUUACCAGUGCAAUUGACACUACCGAGAGCAAUGCGAGAGGCUAAAAAUAGGCAGCAACUUUCAUCCCUGGCACUUUUGGGUCAAGAAUUUUGGAGAUAUCCAAUGGCGAAUCCAAAACCACCAGAAAGCAGUAGUAGUAAUACCUCGAGUUUAAGUAGUUUCCAUGGUUGUAACAACAAUCUUAAUAAUAAUAAUAAUAAUAAUAAUAAUAAUAAUAAUAAUAAUAACAAUAAUAAUAAUAAUAAUAAUAAUAAUAAUAAUAACAACAACGCUGGUACUCCAACAACGGAAAGCAUUGUUCUUAACCUCGCACCUAUUUCAUCUCAUGAUACACAAAAUUCUUCACCAACAAAUACAGGAACAACAUCAACGUUUGCAUCAUCCUUACCACGCCAGCCAAGACCAACACCACCCAAUACGCUUAAUCUAACGACCUUUAAUGAACCACUGGACAUGAAGAAAGAUCAACAAGAAGUAAUGUCUCCAUGCGAAAAGCUCUCACAAAAAUUGAUCUCCCCAAACUUGGUGCAAAGCGUACGUUGUCCAUCCCCCAUCGUACACAAUGUCGAGAGUAACGUUCUUAGUCCCAUUCAGGAUACUAAAGGAAACUUCGAGAAUACGAGAAAUAUCCUUGAAACACCCAAGACAACGAUCGUCGAGUUUUCAAGAAGUAGCAAGUUUACUUCGAUCGGCACAUCUACGUCUAAUUUCCACCAAAAUAUUUCCAACUUCAAUAAUCCCUCGUGCACAAAUUCGCCUAUUGUUUCUGAUACUCAAAUUGUUGGUCAGAAUGUUAAAACUCCACCACCACCACCACCGAGAUGGGCUAAACCUGGAUUAAGUCAGAAUCAGAGUCAAAGUAAUUUCACGGUUACCACAACGGUUACAUUUAAUGUCAAUCAAACUAAUGACAUAAUCGCGUCGCAACAAAAUACACCAACGGAACCGAAUACGUCAUUGUUGAGUCCGCAAAGUGCAACCUCUAACAAAUCUCUAACGUCAAAUUUCUCCAUUAAAUCUCCUCUUUCGCCAACGAUGCCAGUACUAUCACCUACGUCGAAACUAGUUUCUAACGUUGGCAGUAAAACACCUAACGUUCUCUCGCCCACGACACCAUCGAGCACGAGCAAAUCGAAACGACGACGCGAUCGUGAAGCUAGAAAGAAUUCCCAACAUUAUCAAGAAUCUGACAUCCUUGAUUCUUAUUAUCGUAGCUCGCCAGGUGAUAAGAUCUCAGACUACGAGGAUAUCUGGAACACAACUGAUCAAUCAAAUCAAUCGACUUGGUCACCGAAUGAUAGACUCACACGAAACGACCCACCAAGUGGUUGUAAUAAUGCUCAAGAUCGUUUAAGAAAUUCCAACGAUCGACUAAUCGGCCAAGAUAGAUUACUCAGUCCGAUUGAAAGAUGUACCAAUCAAAGAGAUGACAGAUUGACAGGGAACAAGCAGCUAAUUGUAAGAAAUGAAAGGUUCAUUUUGAGAAACGACAAGUCGGUUAUAAAUGAAAAACUUUGUUAUAAAGAGGUCGCUAGUCCAGAAUUUAGUAGUUUCAAACCUGUACCCGAAAUGAAAAGUAUUGAACAAGUAUCACCUGAAGAAACGGGAAUGGGAAGAAGGCCCGAUCUACUCUCUAGAGUUUGUAGUGCUAAUUCUUUGAACAGUCCUAGUGCAGUGACACCACCAAGAAAUAAACUAGGAUUGAUACUUGCUAAAUCAGAAAGUAACAGCCCACUGACACCUGAAUCGAAACAGGGUAGUCCAUUUUAUGCAGAACCAGCUGAUGCGAUUGCUCAAAGUGCCGCGAUAGUACCAAGAAGACGAUCAAAGAACAAUCCGGCCACAAAUAAAUAUCGUCAUAGCGAACCAGGCUGGUUACAAACACCGGUUGGCAAUAAUUCGAAUCAAUUGCAUCCUAUCGACUGGGAGGAAACGGAAGAAACGGAGGAUAAAACGCCAUUGAUAUCAUCUUCCGUCGACAAUUUAGCUAAACGUCUUGGCACGAGGGAAGUGAAAAAAAUUCCCCGGGCAAAGCCAGUGCAACCACCAAAGAUCAGAGUCAAGGUAUUCAACGACACAUCCUGGGCCGUCGAUUCUAGUUGGGAGUUUAUCGGAAACGAAGGAGAUGAUUGUGAGCCAGAUUACGACUGUGAUGGGGAUUACGACGGAGAGAACGUCGCAAGAAAAUUUCCGGACGAGGAGUGCGAUAGAGAUAUUGUAAGAAAUACUUUGACUGUUCAGAGUAUCAUUCUACAACGGUACCCAGAAUUGCUAAAACCGCCUGAUAUGUCGGAGUCGCUGUACAGCGACAGAAACUCCUCGUACGAUAAUGUUGAAAAGAGGAAUGAAAGAGAAGACACUCCGGAAUCGAGAAAGGAUCCAACAUAUGAUCCUUCUGAGUGGGAAACUAUGCUAGAUACGGACGAGAGCGAUAUUGAAAGAAUUAAAAGAAACAAGAGCUUCAAGGAAAGACUGGAUCCUCUUUUGUCACCACCACGAUUACAGGCUUUGAGGAAUCGCGACAUGAGUGGUACUGGUUCAACGAUAAGAUCCUACGCUCUCCAAUUAGCAGCCGAUAAAACAACAACGUUCUCUCAAAACAUUGACAAUUUCAUUCAAUGUACGAAGGAAGGAAAAGAAGCAAGUCCUCAUGUAGUUAUGAGAAACAUGCGACAAUUUAUGUCGGGAAUGAAGAAUUAUUUGGUAAAACAUGGUGAACGAGAGUUUGAGAAAGAAGUUGAGAAGGAAAGACUAAAAUUAAAACCAAACGAAUUUUUGAAUCUCGAUGCUAUUCUGGAAGGUGUGAUGAUGGGACUCGUUGUACGACCACUCAGAGAACAUGUUUAUAGGCUUUUUGUGGAUCAUUAUGUUAGCACGGGUUCUCUUCAAACACUUUCUGAAAGUAUUCAACAUGCCCAGGGUAAACAUGUUCAAGAUCUUGGUGUCCGAGCAAAAAUUAUACCACCGUCGGAAUCGAGCCUGGAACGUAUACUGAAAUAUCUAGAACGAUUACAGAAAGCAGAUUCACCAUUGGAUAAGCUGGAGAAUUUAUUAGCUGCAAUAUCCGCAAUUUUUAAUUCUGUAAAACAUUCUAAUUCUAUAAGGCAUGUGACCCUGGGUGCAGACGACCUUUUACCUCUCCUUGUGUGGGUAUUAGUUCGUGGUAAGGUUGUUGAUGCUGAGGUUGAAGCUGAAUAUAUGUGGGGCCUCCUUCAUCCUUCUCUUCUUACCGGAGAAGGUGGUUAUUAUCUGACAACGCUCUCUAGUGCAGUGCACGUUUUGAAGACUUUCAAAUCUAGCCAUGGAACAAUGUCCACGUUAAACGGCUCUGGAACACCAGACUGCUCUUCCGUUUUACGUAUUCUUGUACCGGACGAAUUGCAUGGUUCUUUGAAUACUAGAACUUUACCAGUGCGGCCGAAUAUGAAUACCAGAGAUAUUUGUCGCAUUCUUGCACACAAAAUAAGAUGCACCAACCCUCAGGAUUAUGGUCUUUUCAAAUUGGUGCAAGGAGAAGAAACAUUGUUAGGCGAUCAGGAAUGUCCGCAAGAGCUCUCUCACUGCCUUUUUGCCUAUAAACGAAUCGACGCGAAGAUAGCCUGGCCGAAAACUAGUUCUUGAACGUCACAAAGCGGCGUAUUUUGUACUAAAUUAAAUUAGAAUUUGUAUCAUUCUCGUGUUGUUCGUAAGUUUGUGGCACAUUGUCAUUCUAUAAUUAUCCUACUCUGACUGAACUAUCUAAUAAGAGACGUUUAUGAAACCAGUGUGUCAAUCCAUGUAAUUGAUUGUAUCUUAUAUACGUUCCGUGUUAUUGCGAAUAGUACUAUUGUUCUGCUAGAUCUGUACAUUUCUUUUUUUCUGUUCUCUCUCUCUCUCUCUCUCUCUCUCUCUCUCUCUCUCUCUCUUUCUCUCUCUUUCUCUCUAAUUCAGAACUUUUAGACAUUUUUUAAAUUACAUUUUAUUCGAAGCAAGUAUUUCACCUCUAGUUACCUUCUAAAACACGCAUUGAAUCUUUCGUAAAUAACAAAAAGCUUUAUAAAGAUCUAUAUCUUAUCCUAAACAAAUACUUGCCACUUUAGUAUUCGUAGUACUUCUUAAUCAUAAGAAUUUUAAAGUAAUGGUAUAUCCUAUAAACUUAUAAAGAUAUAGCAUUUGACGGUAUGGACAUUUUUCUUUUUAAUUGUAAGAAUUUUUUUACUGAAAGAUACUUUUUCUUGUUAAAACACGUAUGUAAAAUUCACAGCCGGAUGGUUGCGUUUAAACAUAUUUCAUGCAGGUGCUACUUUUUAAAGAAGUUUGCUCUUUCCAACUUACUGCGCUAAGUAAAUCUAAAUCUAUUACACGAAAAAAUGAUAAAAAUCAUUCACGAAUCGACGUCAAAAAAAAACAAAGAAAAUGAAUAGUGCGUACGUUUUACUUUUCCAUUCGUAUAUACAAUGAUGUAUCAGUGAAACAAAAAAAAACAUAUUAUUCAGUAUUUAAUACUUCGUAAACGUCUACAUUAAUGAUAUUACUAAUACGAUUAUAAUCAAUCUAUAUUAGCAGAGUGGGGUUCGAAUUAAGAGAGCCAUGUUAUUCGUAAUAAAAUUGUGAAGAAUAUAAAAGAGAUAGAAGAAGAAGGAGCGAAAAAAGAACGAAAAAAAUACUUAGUUUUUCUAAAUAAAUAUUUAUUUCGAGGUAUAUAUUAAAAAGAAAAAAAUAAGAUAGAAUUAGAAUCAAAUAUAUUUAAUUCCCUUUACCCUAAAAUAUAGGAAGUAUUAUUAUAUACGUUACUGUAUGUGCGUAUUUAUUAAUUAAGGACAUGACAUGGUUGCAAUAAAAUGAAAUUAACAACAAAAA